ACUUGACACCACGCGGGUGUUGCAGUGCGGACUGUUUGCCUCUUCCCCACCAAGAACACCAUUUGGUUUCCCCCGGCUGGGUCUCUAUUUAGAUGGGCAGGGAUGACACCAAAUAUAAGCAUAGAAAGACGUUUUGAAACUACAGAUCCUGAAACCCAGCACGGCAGGCACCUGCAGCUUCCAGUGCUGUAACAGAGAAAAAAAAAUAUCCCCACUUUGCAGUUGCAUCUGGUCAAUGAGAGGCUCUAGUUUUGGGGAAGAGGGAAACACCUAACUUUGACAGAAUCAUCACCAGAGACACCUGCCAGCUGACAAAGACAGCUUUCUUGGAGCCAACAGAUGAUGCAGGGAAACAAGAAGUGCACAGACGGGUUCAGCGACUCCUCCAGCAUUGGCAGCGUGUUGGAUGAUGCAGACAGGGAGGUGAGCAGCCUAACAGACCGAGCAUUCCGGAGCUUGUGCAUCUCCGAGGACACAUCCUUCCAUGACUCCUAUCUGGCCGUGUCCCCGGAUAUCACCCGACAGGUGUUUGGGACUUUUCACCAGAGAACAGUGAGCCACACCCAGAGGAAAAGUGGCAUUUGGAGCCAGUUACCAUCACAGGGCACGGAACAUUCAGGCUGGGCAGCCACCUUCCAACAGCUACCCAAGUACGUUCAGGGAGAGGAAAAGUGCCCCAAAACCAGCCCCCCACCAACACCAGUCCAGAGGAGAUUGGAGGUGCCAGUUUCCGGCCUAAGGAGCAGCAACAAGCCUGUCUCCAAAGUAUCAACACUAAUUAAAUCUUUCGACAGGACCGAGAGCCAACGUUGUGAGAGCAGGCCCACUGCCAGCAAGCCUCCGGCUCUGAAAAAUCCCCCCAAAUUCGCUCCUCUUCCAGAAAACAGUGUCAACUUCUGCUUUGAUUCUGCCUUUCUGACAGUCAGGAGGGUGCCCGCUGAAGUUUCCAACACCCAUCAGAACAGCCAGCAGCCAGGCAGGAAGCACGGGGAACAGGAGUCCUCCAGGAAUCCAGAAAUGGCCUGUCACGGCUCCAGCAGCUUCCUCCCAGCAGCCAAUGACACGGCCACCUCAUCUGAGUCAAAGUUCCCCUCUCCACACCACAAGCCAGCCACGGGAGAGCCUGGGAGAGGCAAAGGCACCUUUCUGCACAGUGAAAAUAGUGCUUUUGAGUCAUGGAAUGCCCACCAACCAAAGCUGCUGGAGAGAAAGGACAUAGCUGGAACCGUCCUAGAAAGCAAAGCUCCCAAGCACUGUGGGGACAUGACCUUGCUAAGAGAACCCUGUCCUCCUGAGUGCACAAUCUCUCCCUGCCAGGUCCAGGCCAGCUGCAGUCAGGAAGAGAACAGACUCGCAGCAGGGGCUCUGUCCACAUCUGUACCUUGGGGGUGCAGGGAUCCAGGAGCCCAGGUAUUUGCUGUGGAAGGAAAAGCUCCCAGCUCACAGCCUGAUUCUCAAGAGAAACCAGCCCAGCCCCCAUGGAGGAAGCCAAAGACUGGCAAAAAAGGGAAAGAAGGUCUACAAGAUACUUCAGAAGAAAAGACACAGACCAACAGGAGAGGCCCACCUUUGUAUACAAAACACAACCCCCAGGGACAGUUUCCAGAAAAUGAUGCUCUUGACCUGCCUGUGGAACCCAAUGAACAUUAUGAUCCCCCCUUUAACAUCAGUAAGCUCCUGACCCCCAUCAUACCCAGCAAAAAUGCCCUGGAUUCAGCAGAGAGCCAGCCGGCAGAGCAAACCCCAUCACCCCCAGGACAGCUAAAUGGAUACCAAGAGAAGGAGCCCAGUGAAUGUCAGUCUCGAGACAGCUACAAGUCCAAAGCCCCUAGCCUGCUGUUCAACCUCAAGGACGUGCGGAAGCGUGUUAAGAGCACAUACAGUUCCUCACCUCUCUUGAAAGGGCUUGAUGAGAAAACUAGAGGUAAGGUUGAUGGAAAGCAAGAACCUGUGAGCAACGGUGUCAUCCUCCCCAAUGGGCUUGAGGAAAGCCCUCCAAAUGAGCUUUCUAAGGAGAGACCCGCUGAUGACCCCACUGCAUCACAUAUCAAUCCCCAGAAGGACCCUACAGCUGACCCCAGUGAGCCCUCUGCAGACAGCUAUCUAACUCUUAACACAGCUCCGACUAUCACCAAAGCCCCCUUCUAUGUCAAUGGGGAGGCUGCUGAGAGAAGCAGUUAUGAGAACAAGGAGGUGGAAGGAGAGUUGGAGAUGGGUCCCACUGGAUCCGGCUGGUGUCCAGACUCCAGGGAACACCGCCCCAGGAAACAUCUCUCCCUGAGGCUUUGCAAUAGGGAUCUUGAGCCUGGAGAAGCUACAGAGAAAAUGAAGACCCACCAGCUAGAGAAUGGACUCUCCAGAUCUGUGUCCCAAGAGACAGAACCUGAGAGGGAGGCAGGACUUCAGAACACACAUUUGAACCAGAAAUUCUCCCCAGGGCCCCUCUCUCCUGAGGAGGAAGAUGUGUUUUACAGUGACAGCCAAUCCGAUUUUAUGCCAAGCCUCAAAGGUAAGGCCAAAUUCAGCACCAGCUCUUCAGAUCAAUCCUUUGCCUCAUUUGAUGAUCAGCAGAAGAUGUGGUUUACUGAAAACCAGCGGGAAGACAGGAGGAAGGACGUGAGUGCAGGUGACAGUCAGAAGGAUGAGAAGCAGAAUGUGAUGGGGAAGGAUGAGUUGCACUACUGUGCCUUAAGCAAUGGGCAUGCAUGCCUGGAAGACCACAGCCAGGGGGAAGCAUUGCAAAGAGAAGGGGAAAGUGUGUCUGGAGGAAGAACCAGGAAGGCAUCGGCAGAGGAAGCUAAUUUCAGAGGCUCUCGGAUUGGGGAAAAUAAGAGUACGACCUUUUCACAGGCCAAAGACCUUACUCCCUCACUAUCUUCUGCUUCAAAGAGGCACAUGCUGUUUACAAUUAAAGACAACACCCUCAGAGCCACCCCGAUAAUUAAACCUAUCAUGCUGCCUCUCCUGAGGACCAUGUCCUUGGAGGACUCCCUCAGCAGUAGCCACAAAGAGGAGGAAUUGCCAAGGCCAGAAUGGGGUGAGGAUCCUGGUUUUUGUGCCCCCACAAACCAGGACAUUCUUGGUACAUCGACACCCACUAACACACGGGGCACACGUGUGAAGUGCAUGGCCAACGAGGUCAUGGAGGACCCUGGGCAGGGGUCGAGCAUGGCCAGGAUAGAGCCCUCUCAGCCAGCCCCAAAGGGGAAUUUCCUAUCUAUGCCUCUGGUAGGAGAGGGGGACAGGGUGAAGCCACCACCAGAUGCUGCACAUGGCCUCGUGGCAAGCAAUUGCAAGAGCGGUUCUGCAGACCCAGGGAAGCUGGAGGCCCCAUGGCACAUCCCCACCAUUGCUUUACCCGAGGGCCACAUAGAAGACCAGCCACCCCCAUGGCAGCCCGAAACCUGUUGGGAAGAGCAGACACCAGGUUUCAAGAGUCACUUUUUGUCCACACCCAGAGCAGGGCCCCCUGGCAGAAGACUGGUCCCCAGUGAGACGGCGAAUUCCCCCAACCCCAGCUCCCCGGGCGAGAGUAGUGCCUGCUCCCCUGCUGCCAGCAACAUUUGGGAGGCUUCCCAGGCCCCCGGAGGACCAGAGCUGCUGCCCGAGGAGCCUCCACAAGCCAGCCCCUGGGCCAGCUCCAGUCCUGCCAGGGUCACCCGGAGGGAGGACCUGACCCACGCCCUCGUGUGGGAGGGCGGCUCUGACCCCCUACUCGAGCUGUCGGCAGAGGACCUCCGGACCCUGUCUCCAAGAGGUUCAUUGCUGGAUGUGGCCACCAGCCCAGCAGGCACCCCUGGGAGACUUGAGCUUCCUGCACAGCUAGAGAGGACAGCAAGCAAGCCACCUGCAGUCCCACCCAAAACAGAGAAAGCCCUGCGGCGGGCGAAGAAGCUGGCAAGUAAGAGGAGGAAGACCGAUCAGGCUCAGGAGAAGCAUGGCGAGUCACAGGAGGGAAAGCCCUGCCCGGAGGACUUGGAGCAGACACAGCAAAGGCCACUGUGCCCCAGAGAAAGGCUCCGACACAGUUUCCCCAUGGUCCGUUCCCUGCCCCCUCCCGUGCACCGCCACUCCGUGUCCGGCUUCUCGGAGCCCGUCAGGAGGCGGCCCGGGGGCCCCCAGUCCCUCACACCCCUGCCCGCAUACCCCGCCACCCAGAAAGUCCUCCAGGAUCCGCAGUCCGGAGAGUACUUUGUCUUCGACUUGCCACUCCAGGUGAAAAUCAAGACCUUCUAUGACCCAGAGACGGGCAAGUAUGUCAAGGUCUCCAUCCCGUCCUCCGAGGGGGCCUCCCCAGAGCCGCCCCCACCGGACGCCCUGGCCGCUCCCUGUGUGCUGUACCCCGGCUUCCAGCCAGUGCCCGUGACGGCCUUGAUGCCGCUGCGCUGCUCCUCUCAGCUCUCCGCACCCACCUUCCUCAGGCAGGGCCCUCGUGCCUCCGCGGCCCGCGCCAGACCCCAGAGUGCCCACGAGUCUGGACUACAGCUGGACCCAGGGCCUCACGGUGACUGCACCCCGCACUCUGCAGGCCAGCGCCCUCAUGGUCCUCCCCAGAGCCCAGGAGAGGAGGGUGCAGAAGCUCCAGGCCUGGGCAUCAUCUCCACUGACGACCUAGAGGACUUUGCCACAGAAGGCAUUUCUUGAGUUACUGCAGGCUGUCCCCCACCCCCAGAUGAACCCAGAGGAGCUUACUUCCCCCUCCCCCAGAACAAGCAACACACACACACACACACACACACACUCUCACACGAUCGUCAACACAUACUUAUCCUUUUUAGAUCCGUAAAGUACAGAAGGCAGUAGGGAUCCCAAGACGACCUCACCCAAAGGGCUCCCUGGCUCUCCUCUGAUGGAGGGGCGCUGCUCGCUUGGCCCGGUCCCCUCCGUGCCAGUUCCCAGGUGCACUCCAGCCCUUCUCCCUCCCUCCCUUCCUCCCUCUCCUGGCCCGCCCUGCUCUUCCUGGCCCUGCCAACCAGGUGGGUGUGGCAAGGGCACCACCUGGUCCCAAGGGUCCCUCUGCACCCACACCCACCCACUCACUUGUAGGCUUCUUGAUGAGCAAACCCCUGAGGCCCCCGGCUCAGACUCAGCAGGCAUUCAGGUCAACUCAGGCAGACUGGCUAAUGACCAGCCCAGGGCAAUUUUGCAGAAAUGAUCAUUUGCAUAGAAUGGGUUUCCUUCACAGGGAGAAACUUGCCUCUGAAAGCUGUUUUCUGAUCAAGAAAAGGCCCACUUUUUAAAAAGUGAAACAAGUUUGCAGAUACGGUUCU